GUCGUGGUCGGUCGGGGCUCUGCAGGAGCUGGUGUCAGGGUGGCCCGGGGCGUGCGCAGGCGGCGGAGGCGGGAAAGGCAGCGAGCGGUUCAAGGGGGAGCGACCGCUGACUCGCAGAGGAACCGGGAGGAGAGAUGGUGAUGGCGGCUAAGAAGGGCCCGGGCCCGGGUGGCGGGGUCGGAGGGAGCAAAGCGGAGGCUGAAGCCGCUUCGGAGGUGUGGUGCCGCCGAGUGCGGGAGCUGGGCGGCUGCAGCCAGGCCGGGAACCGCCACUGUUUCGAGUGCGCCCAGCGCGGGGUCACGUAUGUGGACAUCACCGUGGGCAGCUUCGUCUGCACCACCUGCUCCGGCCUCCUGAGAGGCCUGAACCCCCCUCAUCGAGUCAAGUCUAUCUCCAUGACAACUUUCACUGAGCCUGAAGUCCUGUUCCUCCAAUCUCGGGGAAACGAGGUCUGCCGGAGAAUCUGGCUCGGUCUUUUUGAUGCUCGGACAUCGUUGGUACCGGAUUCCAGGGAUCCUCAGAAGGUGAAGGAGUUUCUCCAAGAAAAAUAUGAGAAAAAAAGAUGGUACGUCCCCCCAGAGCAAGUCAAGGGGCCCUCUUACAGCAAAGGCAGCGUCUCUGCUCCCCCUGUCCAGGGCUCUGUCCCAGAAGGGAAGCCCAUUCGGACACUUCUGGGAGACCCUGCGCCAUCUCUCUCUGAUCCUGCUUCCACUUCAAGCCAGAAGUCUUCAGGGGACGAGCCCUCCCCCACUAGGUACUCACAGGAGAGCUGGCCUGGCUCAGAGUCCAGCGGGUGCCUCACCUGUCACCAUUCCACCCCACCCACCACCUCCAUCUCCCCUUCUCGUCUUUCCCUCAGGUCUCAGCCUAGCCUCCUUGUUUUAUCCCAUCCAGGAAGUGGCCAGAUGUCUGCGUUUGGUGUUGCGCCCCUCACAGCUGCCAGUCAACCCAACAGCCUUGCAGACGUGGGCGGCCUCCUGGGACCCAGGAUGGCUGCUGGAGGUCUCCCUGGCAGUGUUUUCGGGAUGCCGAGCCAGGUUCCUGCCCUGCAGUCGGCCGUGCCAGGCGUUGGCGGCAGUGGAGGGCUCCCCUUUGGAGCCUACACCAACCCCUUCGCCACCCCUGCCCAAGCCCAGCUGCCUUCUACCAACCCAUUCCAACCCAACGGUCUAGCCUCAGAGCAGUCAACAUCACGCUCUCCACACUAG